AUGAAAACUGUCGUGAAUCGAAGAAGUCGACGAUAUAAAAGAGCUUCUAAAUCCUAUGCUGUUGAAUUAUUGGCAGUUACAGAUUAUACUAUUAAACAAAGGUUUCUAUCUCGAAAUGGUGGAUCCGAGGACUUGGCUAAUAGCGAAAUAAAGACAUAUUAUGCCUUCUUGAUAAUGGGAAUGUCAGAAAGAUAUGCAACUAUAACUAAUUACUAUCCUGAUGUUGAUUUUAGUAUUAAAGGUGCUGGCAUCGUUAUAUCUAAUUCGGCAGAUGAUGCAGAAUAUCACCAGCGAAGUAAUAAAAAUGGAAUAUUACAGUAUAUUACAGCCUUGUCCGAGUUCACUGAAUGGGUUUAUGAAAACAGCAAAAAUGGCGAAUUGCCGACUCAUGAUCAUGCCAUGUGGUUCACAGAUGACUCUUUAGCAGUUGGUAAAAGUACUGACGUCAUUGGGGUGGCAUGGGUUGGUACCAUGUGUACUAAAAAUAGUACAUCUAUAGUAGAAGAGUAUUUUACUGGUAGAACUGAUCAAAUAGCAGCACAUGAACUUGGUCACAGUUUAAAUGCAGUGCAUGAUGGAGAUGUACGAGGUUGUUCUAAUGAUGAUUCCUAUGUUAUGGCGGCCUCGUCAUAUUUUCCUGAUGAUAAGAAGAAAAGCAACCCCUGGAUAUUUUCAGAAUGUUCAGCCCUGUAUAUUUCUUACUAUGCACCAGAAUUUAAGUGUUUAAGUUCACUUAGUGCAACAUCGUCUUUAUCAACGUCAGUUUUACCGGGACAAUACCUUGAUGCUGACGAACAAUGUAGAAUCUUUUAUGGAAAUACCAAAUCUUAUUUCUGUAGGAAUGAACAAUUAGAAGGAUUUGGAUUUGACCUAAUGUGUCAAAGAAUGUAUUGUUAUGAUCCAUCGAGCAGCUCAUGCCAAACUGUCAUAGCUAAAGAUUUCACUUCUUGUGGAAGUGAAAUGUGGUGUUUUCAGGGUGCUUGUGUAACUUCAGCUUCGGCUCCAGUAACACUAGCAAAUUGUCCUCAGGGAGAUAAUAAAGCCAUGGGUUGUUAUUCAUCUGCGUGUGGACUAUAUGAUGCAAGGAAACUUGUUGAUUGUUGUCAAUCUUGUGUGGGAUAUGUACCGGUGGUACAAACUAAGAACAAUGAUAAAGCCAAGCGUGGUGGUGGGGCUGUUGGUGCAGGAGCAAUUCAGGGUCCUGGAAUUGAAAAUGAAAACGGAAAUACUAUAUGUGAGACAUGGGAUUUGACUUGUAUAUAUUGUAAAUCAAACCAAAAAUAUAUGGAAACUCAACAAUGUGUCAAAUAUAGAUCUAUAUGA